GACGUCUUUACUGCACAUGCGCAGUCCUUGCUUCCAGUCCGGACAGCUGGAGGAGAAAAUGGCAGCACUCGUGCUAGGACAGCAGGCUCGCCAGUUUAGCACAUCAGCCAUUAGGCCUGCAUCCAAACUGAUGAAGCCACCCAUCCAGGUUUAUGGAGUGGAAGGUCGCUAUGCCACUGCUCUGUUUUCUGCUGCCAGUAAGCAGAAAAAACUGGACCAAGUGGAGCAGGAGCUGGGCAAAGUGAAUGCCCUCAUCAAGGACCCCAAGAUUUCAAGUAUUGUCAUGAACCCUCACGUGAAGCGCAGCCUCAAGCAGAAGACCUUCCAUGAUGCCCUUGCAAAGGCAAAAGUCUCCCCUAUCACAACAAACCUCAUCAAUGUUCUGUCUGAUAAUGGUCGUCUGACUCGAACCGGUGAUGUCAUCACUGCUUUUGGCAAGAUGAUGAGUGCACAUCGUGGAGAGGUGAUCUGCUCAGUAACUACUGCUCAGCCUUUGGAUACAGCCAAUCUCACUGAGCUGAAAACCGCACUUAAUGGAUUUCUUCAGAAGGGUGAAACGAUCAAGCUGGAAACCAAGUCCGAUCCUUCAAUCUUGGGCGGCAUGAUCGUCAGUAUCGGGGACAAGUACGUGGACAUGUCCACAAAGACAAAGAUUCAGAAACUGACCAAGAUCAUGAGAGACUCCUAAGUCCCGUGGACUUCAUCUUGUAUCUGUUUUAGAAAUGACCAUCAAGUGAACAAAUGCUGAUACAUGUAAAUUGUUACCUGUUUGGCAUUGCAGUUGCGCCAGAAAUCAGUGUCUGUACUGAAAUUCAUUUGGAUGUCAAUAAAACCUCCCAAUAAUAU